GUAUAAUUAACUAAUCCUCAUGUUGUUCCAAACUUGGAAAAUUAUCAUCUGUAGAGAACAAAAGAUGAAAUUUGGGCCCCUAGUGUUGGUUAAACAAAUACACAGCAGUCAAAGACAUGCGGUAAUUCAUGGUUGGAACUAGAUGAGGGUUAAUUUUUGAGUGGACGACCUUUUUACCAUAAUUGUGAUCUAAUGCAGAUCUCGUCCAGCUACAGUACACCACUCACCCCAGCUCAGUGUUUGUGCUGUUUAGAGGGGGGGUAGGGGGGAAAGAACAUCACUUCCUUCCAACCUGACACAGAUUUUUUCACUCCUCUGCACCUUCCCAAUCGCCCCUCUCUCUCUUUCUUUCUUUGGACGCCCAUACUGGCCCCUGCAUCCCCUGCCACAGUUGAGCAGAUUGUGUCUGUAUUCCACGCUUCUUCCAAACAAAAGGCAUGGGACCAUUUCUCCAAAGCCCAGCGCAAGAACCUGGACAUGUGGCGAAAGCAAGCAGAGGAGAUCAGAAACAUCCACAACGAAGAGCUGAUGGGAAUUCGGAGGGAGGAGGAAAUGGAGAUGUCGGAUGAUGACAUGGAGGAUGUUCCAGAAAGCAAGGAUUUGGAUGACUCAGGGCCGCUGGCUCAGGUGGAGGCUCUGAAAGAGGAGAACGACAGUCUGCGGUGUCAGCUGGAUGCCUACAGGAACGAGGUGGAGCUUUUGAAACAGGAGCAGGGUAAAGCGCAGCCCCAGCGCAGCGAGGAGGAUGCCACCCGCCAGCAGCAGCUCAGCUUCCUGCAGCAGGCUCUGCAGGGCAUGCAGAAGCAACUGCUCAAGCUUCGCGAGGAUCUGAAACAGAGGGAAAUGGAGCUGGAGAAGAACUCAGAGGAAAAACAACAGCUCGAAAGCCAGAUCCAGACCCUGAAAGAUCGGAUUCAAGCUUUUCCCACAUCACACGCGCUGCCCCUGGAGACGGCCGAGCGGGAGGACAGAGGCGGCGAUGAAAGUGCAAAUCACGCCAGCGAAGCUGCGACGACGGCGGUGGUGUCCUGCAGCCAGGAGAAGGAAAACCUGCCAGAAAAAGGUCCCCCCAGUCCGGUGAAGUCAGAAAGAGAGGCUCUGCUUGUCGGAAUCAUCUCAACGUUUCUUCAUGUCCAUCCGUUCGGAGCCAGCAUUGAGUAUAUCUGUUCCUAUUUACAACGGCUGGACACUAAGAUCAGUACCACAGAAGUGGAGAGUCUUUUGGGUCGCCUGCCCUGCACGUUUAAACAGGAAUUAACGGGCGUUGGGGCGAGUUUGGAGAAACGCUGGAAGUUCUGUGGGUUUGAAGGCAUUAAGACAGCGUAGAGACACAGGUUGGGCUUUUCUCUAGAAACAAAGUGGCCGAUAGACCAGAGGGGUUACAAACAAUGAUCUGCCAGCCCUCUGUGUCCAUCCGCCUAUGGGAUUUCAAAAUCUCAGAAAACCCGGAGAGCCUCAAGACUUUGGUGUGUGUGUGUGUAGUAUGUUUUAGUAUGUGUACACACAUGUCAGAGUGUGUGUAUGUGCACCAUGUGAACAGACUGUGCGCUUCUACCACACAACGUGAAAAACUCAUCGGGUAAAAAUCAGGGUCUGCUGAACCGAGGACUUGAACUGUCAACACACAUUUUCUUUUUCUCGUUUCACCUGUAAUUUGUAAAAAAACAAAACAAAAAAAAACAAAUAAAGAACAUGAAUAUAUUUCUUUUCUCUUCUGUAUAGGCUGCAGAACAGUUGCAUAGAAUCUUUUGUUCACAUAUCCUGUAAAUGUUUGAAUAACUUGCUAUUUUUAAAUAAAAAAGAGAUUUUUAAAAA